CAGGAACCCCCCGGAGCCGCCUGGAGCCCAUGGACACGAUCUUCGUGAAGAACGUGCGGGAGGACGGGCCGGCGCACCGGGCGGGGCUGCGCACGGGUGACCGCCUGGUCAAGGUGAACGGGGAGAGCAUCAUCGGGAAGACGUACUCGCAGGUGAUCGCGCUGAUCCAGAACAGCGACGAUGUGCUGGAGCUCUCCAUCAUGCCCAAGGACGAGGACAUCCUCCAGCUGGCCUAUUCCCAGGACGCCUACCUGAAGGGCAACGAGCCGUACUCCGGGGGGGCUCAGAGCAUCCCCGAGCCCCCUCCCAUCUGCUACCCACGGAAAACCUACCCCUUCCAAGCCCGGGCUGCCGAGCCCUCCCCGAGCCAGCCGCCGGACCCCCGCGCCCCCCGCCCGGCCGCCGCCGGUCCCUCGUCCCCUCUGUGCUCCCGCGGCGACACCGGCGGCAGCCCCGCACACCGCCCCGAGGAGCCGCAGCCCGGGGGGCUCCCCCCGCACCCCACCGCGCCCCACGGGCCCCCCGGCUCCUUCUCCCGCCCCGCCAACCGUGUGCCCGGUCGGCAGGAGUGCCAGCAGGCGCUGUCGCGUUGGUUCUGCAGCCGGGAGCCGCGGCGCAGCGCCUCGGAGGAGCGGCGGCACGCCAUGCCCCGCUACCGCAGCGUGUCCCACGAUCGCCUCGGGGGCUCCGGGCCCUCGGCCGGCCGGGCUUGGCCCCACAGCGCCUCGCACGACACCCUGCUGCAGGCCAGCCGCGAGGGCUGGGCCCCCCGAGCCCGCUCCGACCAUUACCUGGCCAGGUACGGCCGCUCCAUGGAGGCGCUGGAGCCCGGCGCGCUGCUCUCGCCUCGCCUCGACCGCUCGGCGUGGUCCUCCUCCUCCUCCUCCUCGCGGGAGCCGGCGCCGGUGCACAAACACCCUUCGCAGCCCAACCUGCGGAGCGCGGACGAUUCGGGCUACAUCGGCUACCGCAGCUACAGCCCGUCCUUCCAGCGCCGCACCGGGCUGCUGCACGCCCUGUCCUGCCGCGACCCGACCUUCGGGGGGCUGCCCACCUUCAGCAUGGCGCAGCGGGCGGCGGUCCCGCUCAGCGACGCCGUGCCCAGCCCCGUCGCCCCCUCCGCCGCCAGCCCGGCGGGGCCCCGGGAGCCGCGGCCCGAGGAGCGCCGGGAGGAGGUGGUGCUGCGCCAGAAGCCGCCCACGGGCCGCAAGGUGCCCGCGCCGCUGAGGCAGAUGAAUUUCGUGUUCGCCGAAGGGGCGAAGGAGACGGACGUUUGCGACCCGGCCGCGGGUAGAGGGGACAGGACGGGCGGCGAGAGGCCGGGACGGAGAGUGGCUCCUCUGGCGGCCCCCGAGGAUUCGCUGGCGUCCAUCCCCUUCAUCGACGAACCCACCAGCCCCAGCAUCGACCUGAAGGCCAAGCACGUCCCGGCCUCCUCGGUGGUGUCCAGCGCCAUGAACUCUGCGCCCGCCGUGGCCACCAGCCCCGCCUCGCCCACCUUCGCCUUUGCCCUGUCCCGGCACUACUCCCAGGACUGCAGCAGCCUCAAGGCCGGCCGCCGCUCCUCCUACCUGCUGGCCAUCACCACCGAGCGCUCCAAGUCCUGCGACGACGGUCUGAACGCGUUUCGGGACGAGGGGAAGGUCCUCAGGAGGAUGCCCAGCCGGGUCCCCAGCCUCCGCAUGCUGAGGAGCUUCUUCACCGACGGGUCUCUGGACAGCCUGGGCACGUCCGAAGACGCCCGCUCCAAAAGACGCUCGACCUCCGACCUCUCGGACGUGCCGUUCAGCGCCGUGAGGAAGGAGGGCUGGCUCCACUGCAAGCAGAUCCUCACCAAAAAGGGGAAGAAGGUCGGUGGAGGCAUCCGGCAGUGGAAGCGCGUCUUCGCCGUGCUGCGCGCCCACUCGCUGUACCUGGGCAAGGACAGGCGGGAGGCGGCCACCUGCGCCCCGGCCCCAGGUGAGGAGGAGCCGCCGAUCAGCAUCCAAGCGUGCCUGGUGGACAUCUCCUACAGCGAGACCAAGAGGAAGCACGUCUUCCGCCUGACGACCGCUGACUUCUGUGAAUAUCUCUUUCAGGCAGAGGAUCGGGAAGACAUGCUGGCCUGGAUCAAAGUCAUCAGGGAGAACAGCAAGGCUGAGGGCGAGGACCCCGGUUUUGCCAGCCAAGCCCUUAUCAGCAAGAAGUUAAACGACUACCGGAAAGUGAGCGCUGCGGGCACCAAGCCCGACUCGUCGCCCAAGGGCCCUCGAGGGCUGGGGAUCCGAGCCGAGUUCCUGAAGCAGACGGGAACCAGCGCGCCCCGAUCCCCCAGGCAGGACGCGGCCGUCACAAAAGAUGAAAGCAGCUCCCAAAAAACCCCGUGGGGCAUCAACAUCAUGAAGAAGAACAAGAAAUCCGCCCCGCGCGCCUUCGGCGUGAGGCUGGAGGAUUGUCAGCCUGCCCCGGACAACAAGAACGUGCCCCUGAUCGUGGAGGCGUGCUGCAGGGUGGUGGAGGACCGGGGGCUGGAGUACAUGGGCAUCUACCGCGUGCCCGGCAACAACGCGGUGGUGUCCAGCCUGCAGGAGCAGCUCAACAAGGGAGCCACCGAGAUCAACCUGCAGGACGAGCGGUGGCAGGACCUGAACGUCAUCAGCAGCCUCUUGAAAUCCUUCUUCCGAAAGCUGCCCGAGCCGCUCUUCACCGACGAUAAAUACAACGACUUCAUCGAAGCCAACCGGAUCGAAGACGCCAGCGAGAGGAUGAGGACGCUGCGGAAGCUGAUCCGGGACCUGCCGGGCCACUACUACGAGACCCUCAAAUUCCUGGUGGGUCACCUGAAGACCAUCGCUGACCACUCGGAGAAGAACAAGAUGGAGCCCCGGAACCUGGCGCUGGUGUUCGGCCCCACGCUGGUGCGGACGUCGGAGGACAACAUGACCGACAUGGUGACGCACAUGCCCGACCGCUACAAGAUCGUGGAGACGCUCAUCCAGCACUCAGACUGGUUCUUCAGUGACAAGGAGGACAAGGGCGAGAAGACCCCCGUGGAUGAGAAGGAGGCUCAGUCCGUGCCCAACAUCGAGUACCUGCUGCCCAACAUCGGCAGGACCGCGGCGCCCGGCGACCCUGGGUCUGGCUCGACCCGCAGCGGCUCCGCCAAACCCAAGGGCACGUGGCCGUCGCGCAAAGCGCCGCCGCGCCGGGAGCUCCUCGCCAUCCCCUUCGCCUCGGCCGCCGCCCGCAAGAGGAAGAAGAGGAGAGAGGCCGAAGGCGUUGGGAGCAGCACCGACGACGACGCGGAGCGCAGGGACGGCCCGGGCCGGCGGCGGGAGCAGGAGGGACCCGCGGCGACGCCGGGAGAAGCCCCCCGCCACGCCGGCGCCCCGCCGGCGGCUCCCGGGACGGGACCGGAACGUUCCGCCGGCUCCGAGCCGGCUCCGGACGCCCGCUCCAUCGUGUCCGGCUACUCCACACUGUCCACCAUGGACCGCAGCCUGUGCUCCGAGGCGCGGUCGGCGGCCGGGAGCCGCGGGGACGAGGCGGACGACGAGCGCAGCGAGCUCAGCCACGUGGAGACGGACACGGAGAGCCGCGAGGGCGCCGGGCCGCGCCGGGCCGCGGCGGGGACGGGCCGCGACCACGAGCCGGCCCCGGGCCGCCCUUCCUUCAGCUCGCACCGCCUGAUCCAGUGCGACACGCUGGCCCGCAGGAGGCCGGCGCGGCCGCGGCCCGACGGAGACGCGGCGGAGGCCGGAGGCGACGAGCGGGGCCGGGCGGCGGCGGGGCUCCGGCAGCACCCGCGGGGCUCCGCCGAUGACGCGGGGGUCCGCCUGCGCCGGGCCCACUCCCCCGAGACCCGCCGCAGGAAGAGCGGCUGGCGCCGGCACACCGUGGUGGUGGCGCCCGGAGGCCUCAAGGACCUCAACUUCAACGAGUGGAAGGAACCGCGGGGCCUCGAGGGCGCGUCGGGGCCCUGUCGCGACAAGGACUCGGGGCUCAGCAGCCUGGAGUCCACCAAAGCCCGGCCGGCGGCCGCCGCUGCUGGCGCCGCUGGCACGGCCACCGAGAGCCCCCCGGGCAGCCCCGGAGCCCCCCUGCGCUUCCCGCAGUGUCUGUGACGCCCCCGGCCCGUGUUUAAUUUAAGGAUUGUCCCUUGUCGCCGUAUUUAAUCGUGCUCCGGACCGGCCGCUGUUGUUGUUUCACAGGUGCCGGGGGUCCCCGCGCCGUCGGGAGGGGACGA